UCCUUCGAAGACCCAAUUCGACGCGAAUUGCUCACGCAAGAACUCGACACUGCGGAAGACUAUGAACCAAUCUCCUACGCUUGGGGAGAUCCCACAAUGUCUCACGAGAUCAUGUGCAAUGAUUGUUCCCUAUUUAUCACGAAGAACCUGUUUCAAGCCCUUCGACGAUUUCGAGGUACCCAGCCACGCUUUCUAUGGGCUGACGGUAUCUGCAUCAACCAAAGUGACGAAGCUGAGAAGAGCAGUCAGGUCUCAUUCAUGAGCAGAAUAUAUGAGAAAGGGUACCAAACCUUGAUUUGGUUGGGCGAAGAUGACGAACAUGAUGGCUGGGCAAUGUCUGCUUCAGCCACUUCUAAUCUGAUCUCGUGGCAAGAACUGGAUGGUUUGCACUGUCUGAGUCACCUUUUCAGACGUCCUUGGUUCUCACGCAUAUGGGUCAUAAACGAAGUGGGCUUAUCCAAA